ACGAAUUGUUUCCCCUCAUAGCUAAGGGUCCCCCCGCUUUCUCCUACACCAACCCCUCAUCGUCAUAAGCCCACGCGCAUUAUCGUUGUCGCGUGCCGAUUUUACUCCGAUUACUUUGCGCGCCGUACGAUGACCUCUUCGCCUUUCUCUUGCACAGUCCUGUAUCACUUUUUCUCAAGCCCUUAAACAUCCUACACCAUAGUUCGGUGUUCUUUCGCGCGAAAGGCGUCCCUCUUCGCGCAUUUACGGCACAACCACCUCGGAACUUCAACCACCAAUUGCACGCGACGCGCAUACCGGAAAAUCUCCACUACACGCGGAGAAAUUAAAUACAUCCCACUGCAAUACAAAGCAGUACUUCAUAGACGCCAAACUUCUACAUCAAUCAUGGCGAUCCAAGAAAUCUCCGCGAAGAGCGCUGAGCCGCAGCCGAAGCCCAAGGAGGUGACAGAUGAAUCACAAGAUCAGAUCCUCGAUGAGGAGAAGCUUGAGAAGGUAUUCAUUGGUUCUAUCGACCAGGGUACCACAAGUACGCGAUUUAUUAUCUUUGAUGGCAUGGGCGAACCGGUCGCGCAACACCAAAUCGAGUUCACUCAACACUACCCACAGUCAGGAUGGCACGAACACGACCCAUAUGAGCUUGUCAGCACUGUUGAGACAUGUAUAGAAAAGGCUACUGGCAUCUUCGAAGACAUGAACUACGAUAUUUCAGACAUUAAGGCAGUAGGGAUUACCAACCAGCGUGAAACCACUGUUGUGUGGGACACCAACACUGGUGUACCGCUCUACAACGCGAUUGCAUGGCCCGACACAAGAACCAAGGGGUUAGUCCGUGAGCUGAAGCAGAGAGAGGGAGCGGACGAGCUGCUUCAGUUGACUGGACUGCCGCUGUCCACAUACCCCUCGUCGGUGAAGCUUGUGUGGCUUAUCGACCAUGUCGAGGAUGUUCGUAAGGCCUACGACGAGGGCCGUCUAUCGUUCGGUACCGUCGACACAUGGAUUUUGUACAACCUGAACGGUGGGAAGGAGCGCGACAUUCACGUCACAGACUGCACGAACGCUUCGCGAACGAUGUUCAUGAAUCUGCACACCGUCCAAUACGACGACAGGCUCCUGGACUUCUUCAAGCUCGACCGCAAGAAGCUGAACCUGCCCAAGAUUGUCCCGUCGUCUUCACCCGACGCCUUUGGUUCCCUUGCAAGAGGUAUUCUUAAGGGGGUACCAAUCGCUGGCUGCUUAGGUGACCAAUCUUCGGCGUUGGUCGGCCAACAAGGGUUCACACCUGGAUCUGCAAAGAACACAUACGGAACUGGUUGUUUCCUGUUAUACAACGUUGGCGAGAAGCCAGUCAUCUCGAAACAUGGUCUGCUCGCAACAAUUGCAUACGACUUCGGUGGCAAUCGCAAGCCUGUGUACGCUCUCGAGGGAAGCAUAGCGGUCGCUGGUUCCGGUGUAAAGUUUCUCAUGAACAACAUGGGUUUCAUCACACAUUCGCACAAGAUCAGUGAUCUUGCUGCAAGUGUAGAAGACAACGGUGGAUGCGUUUUCGUUACAGCGUUCUCCGGUCUGUUCGCGCCGUACUGGAUAGACGAUGCGAAGGGCACAAUCUUCGGUAUUACACAGUUCACGGAACAGGGCCACAUCGCGCGAGCAACUCUUGAGGCGACUUGCUUCCAGACAAAGGCCAUUCUCGAUGCGAUGGAGCUGGACUCCGGGCAUAAGCUUAAUAUGCUGGCUGUUGACGGCGGUAUGAGUAACAGCAACCUCUGCAUGCAGACACAAGCGAACGUCAUCGGUAUCCCCGUCGACCGCCCCGCUAUGCGCGAAACUACCGCGUUGGGCGCCGCUAUCGCGGCCGGCUUCGCAGUUAACGUAUGGAAAGAGUUUGAUGAGCUGAAGGAGAUCAAUCAGAAGGACCGCAUGGUCUUCGAGCCCAACGUAACUCAAGAACAAGGCGCGAAGAUGUUCAAGAAGUGGAAUCGCGCCGUCAAGAUGUGCAGAGGUUGGCUCGAUGCCGACGAGGCCAACGGCGAGUUUUCUUGAGUUGUACAUAGUUGAGCGCACUCAUAUAUCCUAACGCAUAUUCUUAUACCAUAAUGACAUCCAGGAU